AUGGAGAUGACAUUCUUCUUGAGGAGAAAGGAAAUUGUGCAGGACCAGCCACUAGUGUCAGCAAUCAAGCAAAGAUGGCCAGGCCUGUUUUUUGAGGAGGAGGUUUAUGCUGAAUUCUUCCGUAUCAACCGUAUUGACCUGAAGUCCACAUUCCUCACGUCACUGGACAAUCACACCAGGGGUUUGCUGAAAAUGUACAGAGCCAAAGUAAGACAAGGAAGGGGUAAUGACUUGGAGAAACUUCUGGAAAACCUGGAUGAACAGAUCACAGAUUUGUCUGCACGUAGAAGGUCUGCUGUUCUUCGUGGUCUUCCGCUGUACCUAAGAGAGCCAGCCUUGAUUUCAAAGACAAUUUUGGAUACCGAGGCACUGGGACCACAAACAAAGGGCAUGAAAAUGGGAAUAAUAGAAGUGAAGGACAGCACUACCAACUCAGGAUCGGAUCCCAAGGUGGUCAGUGUGGCUGUAGUUCUAGAAGAGGAAGUAGUCAUGGACAAUCUGGGAGACUUCACAAAUGCCUUUAUGAUCCUCUUUGGUCUGCUUUAUGCCCUAAAUAUGGAGUACCCCGAUGACUUAAAGUACACAUUUGAGGCAGUACAGAAGAUUUUUUUAAACCUGGGAAAGGAGUGCACGGCAAGGGUACAGUCUUUCAAGAACAAGUUGUUACAGGUGUAAUGAUUAUUACAAGUUUAUUUAAUUGAGAUAUUAUUUUCAUUGUGCACUUUUCUGGUCUGAAACAAGAGUCUAAUAAAAAUGAAUCAUUCUUGGAUGCAAACAAUCUUGGAGCUUUGCAAAAUUAUUUUACAACAUUUUUCUUUUUAUUUUAAAUUAUUUCUGUUAAAGCAAAUAUUUUAUUUUCGAAUAAGCCACUGGACUUUUUGACUGAGAAAUAUCAGUAUAUUUUGUUUUAUAAAGCAGAAGUCUAUUUUUCCAGUAUACUGUUUUGACCGAUUGUGAUAUUAGUAAGCUUUGUAACAUGAAUGUUAAGAGCACUGUUUCAUUCAUGCAUUUUGAAAUGUUAUUUUGUUAUAACAAUGCAGCAAUUGUAUAUUUGUUGAAAGAGAGUAGCUGGAUUGCACUUUAUCAAUGUUGAUAGUCUUUAACAGGUGUUUAAAGUAUACAUUAAAAAAAUGUAUUCAAAUU